UCCAGGUGCAAACCAACCAUUGAUCCAACGACGUUCGAACUGGGAUGUCUCGGUCCAGCUGUGAGUAAUGGCUCGAUAUUUUCCUAUUGCUUUUGGUUUUACUUAACAUUAUCAAUAACGGUUAAAAUUUUAUUGUUUACAUGUAUCUGUGUACCCAAGUAUAGCUUUUAGUAUUACCUGAAGAUUCCCUUUGGUUUCCUCGACAGCUUGUCAUUAUUGUGGUUCUGUCAUUUCUUAAACGAAGAAGCAAAUUGAAACUUGAAUACUGCCAUGGUUAUCCCGGGCUCUUGAUGUAAGUAUUACCUUCUUUACAGCUGUACUCUCUGCACAGUUAUUAUAUGACAUAUAUUGUAAAGUAUUAUCUUUGUUCUUUUUUUGUUUUCAGACCACUAAACUUUUUACGCAGUUUUAGCUACAGCAACAGGUUUACCAUUGCUGCUACCUUUGGAGCCACGGCUAAUUCUUGCCUAAGCCUUUUUUUUUCUUCCACUCCUGUUGCAUCCGCCUUCUCGAGUGUUCCUGGUUGGUUGAAUGGUGAGAAAAUGGUAUUAUUCAUUCAAAAUAUUUCCUACUUUAAAACAUGCUUAUCCCCAUCUAUGUAAAGUUCCCGUCUUCAUAAUUAACAUUUGCCUUUUCCUCGGCACUUUCUUUAUACAAAAGGAUGUUCAUUCUCACAAAUAUUCCUUAGACAGUGGUUGUCAUCCAUAGAGUGGUGUUUUUGCUAUUCUUGCUAUGUCUUUAGGCGGUAAUUCGGAUUUUUCUUCUUCGCGUAACUUGUCAAACCCUCCACUGUUUUCUCCAGCUCUGAACUGCCAAAGCAGCUGUGCGACCGCGCCGCCGUCUGUCUCUUCUUCUGUCAAUAAGUAAAAUUGAAGUCACUUCUAUUGAUUUCGGCAAACAUCUUCCAAAUUUGGUCAGUGCCAGUUGGUUAUGAAGAAUUAGCCCGGAGGUUAAACUAAAAACUAAUCAAAAAAGGCGAAACAGCUUGAAUGAAUAAUAGUACUGAUCAUUAAAAAUAACUGUCAACUACAACCUCGGACAAAACGUGUUGAGAAACAUCACAAAAAUAACCUUUUUUUUUUUUUCAGUCAUCCUGGCAAAAAAUGGAAACCGUCACCAAAUAAAUGCCCGUUGCCCCCCUCCCCGUAUCCAAUGUUGCUUAGGGUCACGAGAAUUAAACUGUUGGCUUUGACCAAAACUACAUUACUAGAGGGUGGGAGGAGGCUUACGUUUUCCUUUUUAGGGGAGAUGGUAUUAUGGCGCAAAAGUUAGAAAAUAGAAUCCCGUGUCAACAAUUUUGUCCGCGAGGUUGUAGCUUUCAUUUCCCUCCGUCAAUUCAGGAUAUACCAAUGUCAUUAUCCAGACUCCAUUUGAGAUAAGAUCGGUUUUAUUUUGAAUUUAUUUAUUUUGAUAAUUAUAAUUUGUACUUUAGGGUACGUUCAUGUGAAGUUUAAUUUUGCAAUUUCUUUCAGUUUUUGUGAAAAUAUUUUCUGUUCUUGUGUAUGGAACACUGUUCUACCCAUUCUUUGCGUGCCUUACAACUGAAUACAAGCUGGUUGGAUCCUCUCUUGGAUUUCUUUAUGCUGCUAUAAGGUUAGACAAUGCCUCGUGAUUUAACGAGAAGGUUGUAAAUGAAUCCUAACUGGUUAUCGACUUGUGUCUAAUGUCGGUCCUUAUCACUUGCUGUAGAUGCAAGAGUGUUGCGUGUCGAGGUACGCAAUUCUUUUGAACUGCUGUUUGCUUCUUCAUCAUGAUUUUUCGCUGAAUUCAAAUUUAAGUAAAAAAGAAUAUAAGUUGGAAAAAUUUCUCCUCUAUUCAACUAUUUAAAUUAUCCUAGAGCAGGGAAAUACUAUCGGGGCGUAGACGGUUGAUCAAGCCAAUCCAGCUGCUCGAAAGGUUCUUUGAGAGUAUGAAAAGUUUCUCAAGGUCAAUGGAAAAGGCCUGGCCAUCAAUGACACUUUCAGAAUACCCUUGCAGCGCUAUUUCUGGCCUCAUUGGGAGCUCAAGUGGUGCUAAUUUCGGCGUACAUAAGCCACGAAAAGAUAGAACUCUCAUUAGAUAUAGCCUUUGAUGAGAUCUGCAAGUUGAUUAAAUGAGGCUGAGUAUGGUAUCGUGAAGAGUUUUUCAGAUCGAGGAGGCCGGUGAGGCUUCGGCGGAUAACAGCCUCCUAGUUCUGCAUACUCUUUAUGUCAUAGGAAAUUUUAAUUCAGUAAUAAGUGUUCUCAAUUCAAAAUAUUUCUAAGUUCCUAACAUCACAACCUUGUCGCAAAUAUUCUUUAAAGCAGCAUUUGCCUGUUUCCUCGGGACAGUUUCAGACCAAAAAAACGCAGGCGAUAUCCAUCAAGCAAUGUUUUCGUUCAUUUUUAGUCAGUAAUUCGGCUAUUUUCGUCUUGGCAUAGCUAUGAAUAGCCUGCGCCACAGAAUUAAUCUAACCCCGCCGAGAUCCUUGUUGUGGACACUCAACUGACUCAACGAAUCACCAGAAGUGCGUUUCCAAUUUUUAACAGGCCAAUCAUGUCCGCUCGCGCAUUCAAAUCCUGGUACACAGCUAGGGGACAAAAACAAGGAUUUCGGCGCUGGCUCGCAGACGGGCUUAGCCAGAGGUUUAGUUUUUUAGUGUGUGGUGCAGAUACAUAAACUGUUUUGCCGUUUUCUUGAGUUCUACACUCAUGACAAUGAAGCUACCACCACCGUGCUGCUGAUUGUAUGUUAGCAAUAAAAAAUCAUUGAUCUCAGAGUUACUGACGUCAUCAAUAAUUUUUUAUUAUCCGCAUCUUCCAAAUGACGUUUUGACGAAUAGGAUGUCGUGCCUCUGGAGACAUGUGACGUUCCAAAUGGCUCUUAUCUUUCUAUUUUUGUUACUAUUCCAUCGAUUUCUUGCACAAGUCAUGUCACUUAUGACGUAAUGUAUCGUAACAGAAAAUACUGAAUGUAAGUUAUUGAUGGUUUUUCGAUUUUUAAGUAGAUGGCGUAAAAGUGAAAAAUAAAACAGCAAUAUCGACUGCGUGUGUAAUCCUUUUGUUAAAUUACGCAGCCAUUUAUAGCGAUAAAAGGCAAAAACAAAUGAAUUAAAACACGCUUGUUUCUGGAGUCGAAGCCUAAGCUAACCGUAGAAUCUUCGUUAACUAACCUUUGUUAGAUUAGAGUCCUGGAUUUCGCUCAAGGACCUUUUCUAUAUUACAUAAUACUCCAUGUUAUCUUUCCACUUUUAACUUCUAUUUUUGUGUGUUUUUAGGUUCUGUUUCCAUCUUGGAAUUUAUUUUCAAUGUGAGAGUUAUUACAAAGUAAGAAAGUAUAUUGAGCCUAAUACUACUUAUCGCUAGUCUUUUAUCAAGUGAAGAACUCGUGUUAUUACGCUGGUCCCUUAUGUAUCAUAAUGGAUGGAUGGAUGGAUGGAUUGUGAUCGCCCGAUCGUCAAUACUUGACAAAAACGCCUUUUAUUUCAUAAAUAUAUGAGUGAAUGAUGACGCGAAUCAUGUGUUCUGAUUGGCUCCUUGGGUGGGCACGAUGGCCCCAGAUUUUAAAAUGCGUCUACGAGAGUACCACAAACUUGUCAUGUCGAGAGCGAGUGCGAGAGAGUCGACAACUUCCUCAUUUCGAGAACAAAUACAUGUUGUAACAAAGUUUAAGAUAUUCAUAACAUUGAACAUGGAAACAUUGAAAACAUCGGCCUCCAACAACUAAUAUUAUUUUGAUCAUGAUGUGGCUGUUUAAUCGCAGCGUCGUGCAAUUGCAUUUUGACAAGGAUCUUCUGAAAUGUAUUUUUAUUGUUCACUUCAUUUUAGGGUGAAAGCAGGAAUCUGCUUUAUAUUGGGCUCCUCGGCGUCCUCCCUACCAUAUUGUGUCUCUUGUUCAUCACUCUACGAUUUGCUGUUUUGCUCAUCCUGCAAGUUAGAAGAAAGUGGUUCUUGGCCAUAAAUGGCUACCAAGAGGUUAUAUCAGUUUACUACUUACUCUUUUGUAUGCAAGCAAAUUCUCAUGCCUAUUACAAUCGCUCCUCUUACAGCACUAAAUGAUCUUGAAUUGUAUAAACUUCCAUAUUUCACGACCGUCAAGUAAAACUGAAAAUCUAUUAAUCUGGUGUGUUCUAACGGACUCUUGCAGAGGGCCGUUAAAACCAGUGAGAUGUGUUUGGCUGCAGAACCUGUAAUAAAACAUGUCAAGCAGAUACUCACUCCAGGAUUAAACAGGUGCGUAUUAAUGUGGCCCAAACCAGUACUUUUGUAGGUACACCUUCCGUCUAUUGCCUAAUUUCAUACCGCGCGGUGGCCUGGCACUAUCGGAUUUUCCUCGGGACUUUUUAAAAAGUCCAGCUUCCAAAAUGCAGAUUUUUCUCGCUCAACAUGUCAGCCGGGCGAAAAAAAAUAUUUGCACCGCACUUUUGUAAAAAGAUUUUCCAAGUUUUAGCCGACGAGGGAAUGGGUAAAUAAAGUAAACUUGUCGAGUUUUCAACUCAAAAGCUUUUCCAAAUUCGUGCUUGCGUGAUUAGCGCGCGAAAAGCAAAACAUCUUGACGUCACAACCACGUUUACAUACUCUCACGAAAACACGCCUCUCGGCCAUUCAGAGCGCGCGUACUAUCUUAGUUAUUUUAAAAAUAGUAGUUAAGCUUCGUUUCUGUGCACUCGAUUCGCAUGUAACUUGUGACUUCGUACCACUUAACUCCCUGUAAUUUAAAUUAAUUUGGUAUUAUGACAACCCAGUGGUGAUUCAUUAAUUGCACAAAUAAAAAUGACCCAAUGAAAAAUAAAGGGAUUGGAAAGACUACCUUUUUCAUUUUAUUGAAGAUCAAAUUUUUUGAAGGAAUAAAAAGGUGAUUUCAACUGAAAAAAUACAAUCAACACAUAGUGAAAUGAAGGGUAAUUUUUCUUGAGGUAUAAUGAGGUUUACAGAGCUUAUAUUUUCACUUGUUGUUCCCCUUGUUUAUGUUUGGCAAUGAACGGAUAUCUUAAUUCCUCGAUGUACUUCCUGAAUGCCUUGUUCCUUACUGAUACUAGAUUUUGUAUACACGUAAGUUACUAGAAGUUCUCAUUAAGAAGGGAAGUGCUGCCGUUAGUUGCGAAGCGAAUAGGACAAAGACAGUUUGUAGAACAGUUGAACAUAUCAAUUUUUUUUAUUAAAGUCAAUAACUUAGACUUGCUGGCAUUAUGAAACACUCCGAGCGUAAUAUAAAAAAUGAACCGAUCGAUCACGAUGACAAAUAUGCUUACAUUCAUAUAACUCGCUUAGGUUUCAAUACCAUUUUAUAAUUCAUUUUAAUAAUUCACGAAAUUCUAAAACAACAGCAGUGCUGAUAGGCUUUUUCUUCAUCGAACAAUCAUCGUACACAGGAUCGAUGAGAUGAGUUGCGAACAAAUGACGUAAAGGCCAAAACUUGUUUAUUCACAGGUCAGGUAGAUGUACAGCACAUGCCGUUCACUUAUGUAACUUACAAUCCUGAUUACCGAGAUAACAAUCUGUGUGACAAAAGAAUACUCGCUAUAAUUAAUCUUGAAACCUGAAUUAAAAAAAUAAACCGAAAAAUGUUCCGUACAAUACAUCUUGAACUGUUCUUACCGUUUAGGCCGUUUAAAAAGACAGCAAGCAUCCGAUAAACUACGAUUUCUGCACAGAUCUUACAUGAGAGCAAAACAAAAUGGCGGGUUGCUCCUAAGAGAAAAACAGGCGCGGCAGCUAAGCAAACCGCUGACUGCACAGCGCUGCAGUCACAGAUGACGAUCGAACCAUGGAACCAUGGAACCAUCCAACCAUCCAACCAUCCAACCAAAAAUCUCAAAUGGAUCAAGAAUAUGGUCUGCUGCCGGCUGAUGCCCGGCAGCAAUAAAAAUAUGGGGACUCAAUCGCUGAAAUUAUAUUCAGUCUGCACUAUAAAGCUGAACCUUUUCUUAAAAUUGUUUCACCUGUUUCGUAUCUGCCUUUGCUGUGAUCUGACCAGGUUUCAUAGGUACUUGAGCUUUAUACUUUGGGAUGGCUUUUGAUUUGCAGGGACCAAAGGCUAACUAUGGUAUGUGAAAGGAUAGUCGUUAUUAUUUUACGAUUCGUGAUAACAGGCACACCCAGUUUCCUGUUCAACCGGGCUCAUGUGAAGAGGCCCUCAGUCUGUUUCGAUUACAAAAUGAGAUGUAAAACCCUGUUUUUUUCCCGCUGUUCAACAAACCUUGGUCAAAUAAAUAUUGGUACUGACUGAAUUCUCCGAUUUCAAAAUGACUGAUUGUAAUAACGUGGUAAUUGAGCUCCGUGUCCAUUCCAAAUUGUACUCGAAAUCUUGUGAUAACCCAUACAUAUAUAUUUUGUUGUUUCUUUGUUCGUUUUAAAGGGAUGCAGCCGACGCGAAGUGGUAUAUUAAGCUGCUGCACUCCAUUUACAAGCCGAGAGAAGGUUUGUUAAAUAAGCGUCAUUAUCUAAAUUGCUAUUUAUUUUAUUAUGUGGCUGCAGUCCGACUCUUAACCCUCUAUACUUUGAAGUCCGUUGUUUGCUCUUAGUGCUUUCCUACGAGCCUUUUCAACCGUAGUUAAUGUGUGAAUGUUAUUAUUAUUAUCAUUAUUAUUAUUAUUAUUAUUAUUGUUAUUAUUAUUAUUAUUAUUAUUUGCAUUGAUGGUUUUCUGUAUCUUUAUUUGUAUCAAUGGUUAGCACCCUAAGCUAUACGUGCAAAUAGACGCAACAACUUCCAACAUUGCGUCUGUUUGCACGUAGCUAACAAUUUGAUCGGUUUCAAAGUUUGUGCAACAGCUCCCAACAACACGCAACAACAUACUACAGGGUGUGAAAAUGGACGCAACAUGUAGCAUCCAACAAUGUUGCGCCCGUUGGCACGGGGCUACAAGUUUGACUGGUUUCAAACUUUGCGCAACAACUCCCAACAACACGCAACAACAUCUAUGCACUGAGGGUGUGCAAACGGACGCAACAUGUAACAUCCAACAAUAUUGCGUCCGUUUUCACGGGCUUUACCGACUACUAUAACCAUAUGACUGAUUGACUCUUGUAAUAAUGUAUAAUAAACGUUUUUACUACUUCAUAAUUUCUUCUCCCCUUGACAACUAUAACUCAGGUGACUGACACAUAACAUCCUUUUACUUACAGGCGUUGAUGUUACAGUUCCCGCGAUGUUACUUAUAAGUCUAUUUCAAGUCCAUACUUGUACGACAAAGUUAUUAGAAAUUGAAACAGCUCUUCGUUGUGUGUCUGUGUGUGUGUGUUUUUUUUCUUCUUUUUAUUAAACUUGUUUCAAAUACUGCCUUGUCUUGCGUAAUAAUUAUAGCCGGCGACCCAGCUCUCCGGAGAGCUCUUGCGGGUGGAGGCGGGGGGGGGCGGGGCGGGACGGGAAAAGGAAGGAGAGGUUGCAACUAUGUCUCUGGAAUUUGAAUAUCUUCAUGGAAAAAGUCGAUGAGAAAUGCUGAUUGGCGGAUAUGACAUUAAUAAUGACGUCAUUACCCUUGGCCCUUUUUUAAUGUUUGUUUACAUUUUUUUGUUGUUUCUACUUUUCGCUGAUUGGGGGAAAUCUGACAGCUCAGUCGACGGGGAGCGACAAGCGAGUUGGAGGUGAAAUUCAAAUUCAAGAGACGUAAUUUCAAGCUCUCCUGGGUUAUCCCGCCCUGCCGCCAGAGCGCCACGGAGAGCUUGCUCGCGGGCUAUGCCUAAUAGUAUUCUUGAUUGUAUUUCAGAUUUCAAAUUCUCGACCCAGUUAGUUUCAACUGUUGUAGUUGCUGCAAUAACUGUCUUUCAGGUACGUUUUGAAUUUCUUGCUGCCGCUUGGGUUUUGUAGGGAGCUUCGUUUAAUUUGUAAUUGUCAUUGUAACUGUAAUUUGUUUACCCACGGAGCAAUUAGGAGUUCAUGAGAACUCGUUGAAACGUGUCCGUACGUUCCAGAUUGAAUUGAAAAUUUGGAAGGUUGGUUUUUAAGGAGAGAGGAAAACCGGAGAACCCGUUGAAAAACCUCUUAUAUCAAAGGAGAAAACCAACAACAAACUCAACUCACAUUUAGUGUCAACGUCAGAUUUGAGCCCGGCCACAUUGGUGGGAGGCAAGUGCUCUCACCACUGCGCCAGUAGCCCAGCGUCCUGGAAGUAGUGUGACUGUUCAAUAAGAUGAAACACUAAGGCAGUUAAGGUGGCUCGAUACAGUUUUUCAAGGCCAAUACCUCCCAAGUUUGAGCAUAAACUACGUCGCAUAAACAGAGUUUUGGAAACAUUGCCACCACAGUUGUAUUAGAUAAAGAUGAAAAUCUUUUAUGAUCAGGGUUGCAAUGACAUCGGAGUUGUCAUAGCAACGAAAUGAGCCAAUUACCUAUUUUACUUACAGAAGUAUUUCUCGGCACUGGGAACUGUUCUUCCAAAAUCAUUCACGGGAGCUUUUUCUUCCAAUAGCGGCCUCGAUGUUCGUGAAGUUUAAACGAAAUCUGUAAGAGCGUUAUCGAGAUAUUUUGGGAUAAAGAUUUAGUGGUUAGAAAUACGGUAAAAAAUGGAUAAUCUUGAUGUUCGGCUGUUAUCUGUAGAAAAUGAAGCGCUUUUUACAUACAAUUUCCCUAAUAGUAGUUUCAAUCUUUUUAAAAACGUGCGUGAAAGACCGUGGAGAUAGCUCCAGCCGAUUGUUAGAAAGAAGGAUUUGAUUAGUAUGUAUCGAGGCGCUUUUGUUACCGGUUUUUGAACAUUUUGGUCUACUUUAACAAAUUAGCGAAUAAUUUUUAAACCGCUCGAUAGAUUUUUUAAAAAAAUUAAUUUUCUUGAGAUUAACCUUCCUUUUAUAUGACCCUUUAGUUUCAAGAUGAUUGAUAUAUUGUUAGGCAGUAAACUAAGGGCUAAAAUUCGCCAAUAUUUUGGCAGAAAUUUUGUGUUUACAAAUGUGAGCCUCUCAUUAUUCAGGGUAUUGUGUCCAAGGUUCAUAUUUUCGCGCAUAACAAUAGCUAGCAUUUUUGCAUAUGUCAAAUGCAUUGUUAGUUACUGUUGUUCACGUGAAAAUGAAACUUGGAGACAAUGCCUUGAAUAAUGAGAGGUUUUCACUUGUAAUAACGAAACUUCCGAUAAAAAAGUAACGAAUUGUAGCCCUUAUUUUACUGCCUUACAAUGUAUCAAUAAUCUUGAAACUAAAAGGUCAUAUGAAAGAAAGGUUAAUCUCAAGAACCUUAAAUUUUACCAAAAAUCUAUCGAGCGGUUUAAAAAUUAUUCGCUAAUUUGUUAAAGAAGACCAAAAUGUUUACAAAACCGCUAACAAGAGCGCUUCGAUACAUACUAAUAAAACCCCUUUUUCUAGCAAUCGGCUGGAGCUACCUCCAUGAUCUUUCACACACGUUUUUAAAAAGACUGAAACUACUAUGAUGUGAAAUUGCACGUAAAAAGCGCUUCAUUUUCUACAGAUAACGGCCAAACAACAAUAUUGUCCAUUUUGUACUGUGUUUCUAACCAUAAAAACUUCAUCCCAAAAUAUCUCGAUAACGCUCUUACAGAUUUCGCUUAAACUUCACGAACAUCGAGGCCACUAUUGGAGGAAAACGCUCCCAUGAACGAUUUUGGAAGAACAGUCCUCAGUGCUGUGAUAUACUGCUGCAAGUAAAAUAGGUAAUUGCGUCAUUUCGUUGCUAUGACAACUCCGAUGCCGUUGCAACCCUGAUCAUAACAAAUUUUCAUCUUUAUCUAAUACAACUGUGGUCGCAAUUUUUCCAAAACUUUGUUUAUGGCGACGUAGUUUAUGCUCAAACUUGGGAGGUAUUGGCCUUGAAAAACUGUAUCGAGCCACCUUAAAACUAUGUCUUGCUUUGAAUUCAAUUUUCGUAUUUUCAUUAUCAUAUUGUUUUCUCUAUUUUAUUUAUUUCUUUUGUUGAGGGGGGAGGGGGUGAGGGGAGGGUUCUUUGGCAAAGGCACGUGACUCACCAAUGCAAUAUGACAUAGGAUACUUUGUGGACAGUUUUGGCAGUAGCAGUCCAAUACAACGCACUUAAUAUAUUGCCAAUCCAGGCUGCCAAGCCAUGCAUGCAGAGUUGGAGUUGCCAACAGGAUGAAAAAUAAUGAACAUAAUGAACAGCUUAAGAGUGUAACAGUUGUUUUCAACGUACUUUUUUUUACAGAUCUUUGUAUUUGAUCUUUAUGUUGUCGACGUUCUGAAAAAGAAAUCUGCAGAUCUGCCUGUCUUUAAGGAUCUUUUUUUUGACCUAUUUGGUAAGUAAGUUACUUUCAAUAAAUACUCUGAAGGUCGUGACAAAUUAAAUGUAUUGCAAUAGUCAGAAGGUUUCAGACGAACGACGUUUAUGAAAAGCUCGUUCACAAUUCUUCCCAAUAAUCUAGCGCCGCCUUCAUCCCGGCGAAGCUAGUAAUGAGCCGUAUUUCACGAGUCUUUCGUGAUUUAUUAUCAUGCAAAGUUAGCUUUUUUAAAAAUGUGGUCCUCUCCACACGUUUCCGUUUUUAUUUGAAAACGUUAUUUUAUUUCCCUCUAUUUUACUGAAAUCGUUUUCCUGUUCACAUGCAUAUAUCAAACCAUUUCUGUUUGAAAACGAAUAAUUUUUUGUCCGUACUGCUGGUUUGUAGCUGAAGUCACUGCGGCCAUGUUGGUGGACAAUAGCUGAUGCAUUUCCCUUGCCUGGGAACUAAGUUUUUUUUUUUCAUGCAGAUUCCACUAAAAAUUUGUAUGGUUUGUCAUGCAACAUGGCCGCCCUGUCACGUGAUUUCAACCCAGUGGAAGUGCCCUCCAAUCGCCGUAAAAUUCUCUCUCUCUUCCCCAAAAUGACUGCAAGCAUGACAUCCUGGCCUAUUCUAGGCCCUCUGAGGUCUUGUCUAUAGACCUGUGUUUGAUAAUCCUUGUUUUCACAAAUCGCCGCUCUUAGAGCGAAAGACUGUAUUAACCGGGACAGUUCGUAACACAUAACAAUUAAAAUGUAACCAGUUGAGCUUUUUGGAAUUUUCCAUGUCCCCAUCCGCCUGUAUAGAAAGAAAAAGUUUUGUUUGAUCAUGGUACGAGGCACCCAAGUUUCUGUAGGUAAGUAAGACCUGACACUGAGGCUAAGAUAUAUCAAAAAUAGUGAAAGACGCCAAUUUUUAACUAAUGACGUCAUAAUGUCGUCAUAUACGUGGCACUUUAUUACCGGCAAUCUGUUAAUUUGAUGAAGUAUAAAACUGUCCAGUUUCAUCGCAAAAAUUGUGGACACUAAAUUUUUUAGUUCUAUAGGAUAAAUCUUUGAGCCCUCCCAGGAAAAGUAGAGUUAAAAAGAUCCCCUGUCGGUAGGACAUUUUACUACGCUCGUUAACCAUGCAGAUAUUGUCAUGUCAUCGUUUUCCAAAAUCGUCUUCUACCAUCUUUCCACGUGAUGUUGGGAUUUUCAAACUUUCAAUAUAGGAGAGCAUUUAAAAAGUUGCGUUUUUAUAGCCGUUUUUAUCUGAUACGGGUGGACGAAAGGCUAUUCCGGAGAGAAAAUUAUUUGUUUUCAAACAACGUGUGAAUGGGACCCAAUAUGAGCCCAGUGUUGGUGAAAAUAAAAAUAAACGCCGAAAUUACACCUAAGUAAAAUGAAGUCUGUGUUGCGAUAGGAGAUUGUCGUCACGCACGUCAACAAACCUCUACUCGAGCCCUGCAACCAAAAUUUUACUCUUUUAGCUAGUCCAUUACAGGCCUUAAUUUAGCGUGAUGUAUCUUUUUCUAGGCAUGUGGCAAGCAGCUUUUGUUUUGUCAGCGAUGAUAAGUGCCAUAUUGCUUCUGCAUUUUAUGAAGAGCCAUCGGUGAGGACAAGAUUAUAAGUUGUGUGAAGGCAGAUUGUUAAUAAAAGGGGGGGGGGGAUUGGAAGGAUUGAGUGCCUCAUCACCAGAAAGUAUUCUGAACUGAGUUAGGCGUUAACCAUAAAUGUGACACUGACUUAAAAUAUACUCGAAGCUCUCCUUUCGACCACUCUCGUAAGCGACCAGCUCUAGUUACAACCACCCUUGUAAAACCCCGUUUGAGCUGUGACUUAUACUUAGUGAUGAAAAGCAACUGUAAGCGACCGCGACCACUUUUGGAGUUACCCAACUGGACUUUUCCUUUGUUUUUAAGCUCUUGUAAGUGACCACUAACUGGGAGUUUACUGAACGGCUUCGAAAUCUUCUGGUGUAGAUCAACUCAUUCUUGCAUUAAUAUUACGAUUUUGGUCUAAAAGACUGGAUGUAAAGUUUAGCCGUGUCUAUAUCAGAUAUAUAGACACUCAUUUAACUUUGAUUUCUAUUGUUUUGCCUUUAUGAAUUAUUAAUGAGUUGUUGAAGCUCCUCAGCCUGUAAGCGACCACCGUCCAUUGUUUUACCUUUCGGUCUCUUACGAAAGAAUCAUCUUACGAGAGCUCAUUCUCGUAAGCGAUCAGCUCUAGUUACGACCCCUCUUUUGAAUUUCCGAUGUGGUCGCUAACGAGAGCUUCGACUGUAUAAGGCUUUAAAUUUUUGAUACUAUUCGUUUUCACAUUUUUGAGUGGGGCAGGGCUUGGUCUCUGCGCGCGAUCUCUUUAUUAGACCCCCGGGAUGGGGCUUAUUUUAAUUGGAGAUAGGGAUUAUUGGAGAGAGCGAGCUUGUUUAAAACUGGCGAGGCUGCCCUUGGUAAUUCACUUUAUUUCUAUAACGACCAUGACAAAACAAACUCAAUCUUGUCAUGAGUGAAGAAUUUUAAAAUCCACUUUGUGUAAUCUGCAGAUAAUCAUUAAGUACAGUUGUCUUCAAUUGACUGUUUAGUGCAAAAUCAAAUCUUUGCAAUAAGGGGAUUUUUAAAGGGAAGGGUAAGAGGUUAACGUAAUUACAUUGCUAACGCAGCAAAAAAUGAUCUACCAAUCACGACUAACAAGGUCUGGAAGGGGGGUCCUGAUCCCGCAUUCCAGCUCAUUUUUUAAAGACAAUCCCGCAUCUCGAACUGCUAGUGUCAUCUCUAUUCCAAAUAACGUUUUCUUUUCCCAAUACCGCAUCCCGUGCCAAAAAUUUAGCCAAUUCUGCUUCCUGAAAGUGAUCAAACUCCGUAUCCCGUCAAAAAAUGUUGCGUUUUUCCUAAUCCCUCACUGUAUUUCAAUCAAAUCCCGGAUCCCGAAAAUACCCUUCCAGACCCUGGGCUAACGGUUGCCAGGAUCGCAUAUACUUGAUCUGUACGGUAAUCGCUUUGCCUUAUUUAUUCCAGGGAUCAUGUUCUACAGCUUUAUAGAGGUCAAAGAAGGUUUGCCCAAGGAGUGUUUCCUUCGCCUGCUAAACUAGUGGUGAGUCCUUCAAUUAGCUUAAGAACCCAUGACUGUAAAUAUCAAGAAUCGCUGGCAAUGCUAAAAAAAUCGAAAAUUCUGAUAAUUUGUCAGAAAAAACCCUUUGGGGAACUAUUGUCGAAAAAAAUAUUUUUAACUUUCAAUUAUCUACAGCUUUCGAGAAAAUGAGGAAGAACGAGAAUAGCGGGUUUUACCUAAUUAAUUACGCAAAAAAAUUAGAGUAAAAAUUAUCUACUUCUAUCCAUGGUAUGUUUUAAACCAUAAACAUGAUUUUGAAUUUUUUUUACGGUUUUCUAAAACUACCAUCAAACGCACUUUUUAAAAUGGCUAAAAAAUGAGCAACUUCAUAGGCCAAAAAAAUCCACCCUGGUAUGUGUAAUACCUAGCCAAAAUGUAUACUAGGACAAAGUUCAGCUCUUAUAUUAACAGAAGAUGAAAUAAAAACUCUGGGUACUCCGGAUUCGCCUUUACAAAAUAAAAAGUUUCGUGACCACCAGUCCUUGAAUUUUAGGGGAAGUCCUUGAAAAGUCCUUGAAUUCCUUUUCCCUUGAAAAGUCCUUUAAUUUCUGUGGAUGUCCUUGAAAAGUCCUUGAAUUCUCUUCAACUCUGAAUGUAGUAGCCUGAAAAGCGUUCUUGUUCUAUGCAAUAAUUAACUAUCAAUUUAAGACAAGUGUGCUGAAAAAUGUAGGUAAGUUGGUGGAGCAAACAGUUCAAGCCUAUAAAGUCCUCUUGUACAAUCUAAUUACAUUCCUGGUAGGUGGUCCUUCCUAAGUCCUUAAAAAAUUUUACAAAAAAAUACCUUCCUGGUAGGUGGUCCUUCAAAAGUCCUUGAAAAAUGUUUGUAUGAACCCCGUGCCAUCCAUGAAGCUGCAUAACACUUUUUAUAUAUAUAUUACACAAAUUAAUUAGUUUGUCGGACCGUCGUUUUCAGAUAAAACAUUUUUUUUCACAAAAUGAUCCUAGUCGUUGUAUGGCCUGACUCUCCACGAGUCUUCCAAGGCGCAAAAUGUCUAAGAAACACACAAAUAAAACCAAUCAGAAAUCAUAAACAUUCUGUGACUGACUUCCGUUAGGGGUGCUCAGAAUUGUUUUUGUUUGUUUGUUUGUUUGUUUGUUUUUAAUUUCAGUUAGGGAGUCUUCGAUUCUCGGGAUAUCAAGUUGCCUAUACAAUUUAUGGUAGGAGUUCUAAUAUAUCACUUUCGUAAGCUUAGUAGCAUCCAGUAUUUUUUUUUUCUUAGUAUGGAGGAAAUCUGCUCUAAUCCAUUGUCCCGCUCAUUUCCUUACUGCCAUCUAAAAUGUUUAAGUUCAAAGUAAAAGAAAAAAAACUGAUUGCUUAUGGCGGAACUGCUGAAGGUUUCAUUUACAAGAGUGGAACGUGGACUAAAAGUGGCCCAUAUUUUUUAAAACUAUGCUUGCAGAGAAAAUUUCCUCUCGACACGGAUUUUUAAAGUGGGAGUCGCUGAAAUCCUUUAAUCCUUUAAAACCUAAGAACAAAAUUUGAAUUCUCAUUUGUUGCAGAAUAUGAUAAAACUUCAAGCAAAUUCCGUCUUGUGUGAUCAUGUCCAUAAUUCUCAUGACCAUUACUCUGUUUUACAAAGUAUUGGUUUUACAAGGAGAAAUUUGAUGCUGAUCACUCUUAGUGCUUAAAGGGUUAAUGUUAUGAACAUUUAACAAUAAGAUAAGAGUGCGUUAAGCAGGCUUUAUCUUUCUAAGUAUGGUGAUCGACGUACGGUACGUCAAGCAAAGGUCAUGUUAAAAUUCUUCUCAAGUGAUUGACCACUUGUCUUACAACUCUAAAUACCAAAAUUAUAAUAACAAAAAAAAACAGAACAGAAAACUGGCAAGUCCGUCGUUAGCCAGCGAAAAGGAAUGACACCUGCUCAUUAAAGAAAUUUUCUGUGGGUUCGGGCAUGGUGGUAAAGAAUGGCUAGUCAAAGUCAAAGGCUAUUUCUUACUUGAACCUUAAACAUGUAGUCACUUUAUCUGAACUGAAAUCACAUUUAUACAACUUACUACAAGUGAUUUUGAUUUAGGUUGCAAUAAAUAAUUAUGCUGUUUGGCUGUAACUAUCAUACUACAGUAAAAGCUGACAUUUACAAGUUUCACCGGUUCUUUUUCUUGCUCAGCCUUCACAAAGCUGACUAGAGGGUCUCCGCUUAACCCGGCCUUUCAACCCAUUAUUAUUCAUUCAAAAUUUUUCCCCGAUUCUGACUGGCUAAAAGCACUGGCAUAAUUAACCAUAAACAGCUAUUGAUGACCAAAUUUAGAAGAAUUUUGCGUUUUAUGGAUCGAUGACGUCAAAAGUGCAGCUUUUUUGCAGGUUAAUGCACCGUUAGCCGAGAAGACCUGGCGACGAGGUUGAGUUGUUUCGGUUGUAGAACAAAAAUGGCGGACAUUUCACUCGUUUAAAGAUUAAGAACUAGGCAAAGUAAUAGCUAAAAACAUGGCACGAACAGCAAGAAGACAACUCGAAGGGCGACGUCUCCUAUUUGGAGAAUAUUUGCGGAGCUGAACAAACCCUACACGUGCACUAUCAAAGAUAAACUUCACAUCUGUGGAUCGAUGGAGGUAAGCAUGUUUUAGCCAUGUUUUUUAACUAGGAAUUAUUUCGAAUGAAUAAUAAAACGGUUAUUGAAUUCGGCUUUCUUAUCAUAUGAAGAAUUAUGGAGAUCUCGGAGGGUGUUAUCCGCCUCGGCCUACAUCCUCGACGGAUAACACCCUCCUCGAUCACCAUAAUUCUUCGUAAGAUACUCACCUCGUUCAUUAAUCGUUAAAUAUUGAAAUAAAUUCAAAUUUUCCCAAUACAGUUCCUAUAAAAGCACUGCGGAGAACUCAAGCAUGUUCAGGCUUGCCUUUGCGCUAGUUUGCAUAAAAUCUUGUAAUGAUCAUAACUUUACGAAAAUUUAUCAGAACCUUCCAAAGUUUGGCAAGCUCGAAAAAAUCGGUAACCUUAAUUUUCCUGUAACGUAAGAAAUCAGAUAUCUGUGUCACGUGACCAGUUAUGGUCGAGUCCAGGAAAGAAAAGAACACUAAAAAUGGGGUGGCGAGAUGCCACACAGUAUAAAUACAGUAUUAUUGUUAUUGUAUCAUCAUUUCUCGCAUGUAUCUCGCCGGAAUGGUUUACUCUUUUUAUAUAUAUAUAUAUAAUUAGUAAUUAAGAAAAAUAGGUCACGUGACACUUUUCACCUGUUAAUAUCUUCUUAAGAAAUUAAAAAGACUCUCCGUUCCGGCCACGGAAAAAAUUCGUACGGUAAAAUAAUCAUUUACACAUGGUUCAAACUUAGUUGUAAUCAACCAUUCCUACCCCAUUUUGAAUUUCUUUUUGAACAUCAUUAUGACGUCACGUUUCACGUGACUACAUCAGUUCAACCCUAAUUAAUACAACGCCUCGAAAGAAAUUUUCUCGAAAGUUUUUUUGCAACUUUUAGAAUUCGAAUGCAUGGCCGUAAACGAAAAACAGCUUUAUCUUCGCGGGGAGUCGAAACCAAAACUUGAGCCAUCAUGCCUUAACACGCUUGAGAAGUUGUUAAAGUGACAAUAGAAAUUAACUUGUGUGAUCAAGUCCUUGAUUCUCGGUACCACUUUGUAUUAUCAAGUUAAGAUUAUUACAAGAAGAAAUUUAAUGCUAAUCACUCUUCGGGCUAAGGGGUAGAACGGUUAGAACAGCUUGUACUGUAGUAAGAUAAAACAGUCAGUCCGAGUUGCAACCUGGCUCGAAAUCACAUUCACUACUUUGUAUAGAAGAUGUGUAUGGUUUUAGGUCAGAUAAGAAAGUGCCCACAUCGCCUUUGACUUGUCAUUUUCCACCACUAUCCCGGAACCCAUAAAGUACUUUAAUGAGCGUUGCGUGACGGGAGGCUGCGAAGAAUCUGAGAAGAAGACUUGACAUCCACAUGUGCAGGACUGAUCGCUUGUAUCAGCUUAAUAAAGGGUUGGAAGGGUUAUCCCGUUGAAUACAUGCAGUUUCGUUUUCCAUAAAAAAUUAGGGAAAAUGUCUAUGACUUGCAGUCGCGAGUGUCAGUUAAAUAUGGUGUCUUCUAAUGGUUACGUUCUUUUUAGCCAAACAUUUCUCAGAUUUAGGCAAUCCAGAUUGUUUAGAUUUUCCUGCUAGCCAGAACAAAAAUACGAAAUAAGAUUGAUCCAUACAGUAGCUGUCUGCUGCUCUGAUCUUCUUCUCAAUAUCAACGUAUCAUUUUCAAGCGUUGGAAGAGAAAGUAGCUCUUUAAAUAGUGGCGGCUUAUACUGGGACUUGUCAACUUGAAAUUAUCUGGAAUUUGAUUCAAACAAUUUUUUUUAGAAAAAAAUGUGCAUGUGGAACUUGAAUCUAAUAUACUUCAAUUCUUCAGCGGCAUAGGACAACGGAGAAGCAAUAGUAACUGUUGCUUGACACACCGUGUUUAUCGAUGAACGAGCACGUUCUUGCGAUCGAAAAACAGUUUCGUCAAAUGGAACAAAAAUCUGAAUCCAGAUGAGAUGCCAAUCUGAACUAUCCAAGUGCGGAGGUGGAUCGUUCAGAUUGCAAUUUAAGAUUGGUUUGGUCCUUAGUGAACGAAAAAUCAAAUUUUGGAUCGCAGAAUCCGGAUUUAGAUUGGUCAAACGGAACGCAACAUAUGACAGGUUUCACUGUGUGUGAUUUCUUUUUUCUUUUUUCAGGAUUUAUUUCGAUGGGAAUUCUUCUAUGGCUUGUUCUUUUUGGCCUUGUAUUUGCUUCUAAGUAUUUAAAACGUUUUCUUCACAAAGAAGCAUGGGAAUGGUGUGUAGAAAAAGCGGAAUCAGUGAUGUAAGUAAAAUUUGUCGCUUGCUUGCUUUAGCAGAGCGAGACUCUAAAAAUGCAACCAUUUUUUUUUGUCGGUCCGUCGCGAAAAGGGGGGCAUGCUCCCAGGCGUUCCUAACGGAGACCGUGGAGACUGGGGAUAAGAUUCGUGACGACUUUCAUUGUAUGCAAUUGAGCCUUGUGAUGAGCAUGCGGUUUAUCUUCGGCGAUGACUGAAAUGACGCAUGUAAGUUGAAAGCGUUUUCGCUGUUUGGCAAUGACGAAAUUUUCCCCAAAUCGAGACCCUUGAUUUUCGUGUAAUUAUGCACGUCUAAAUACCCCGAGUAGGAUGAGAAAAUAUUCUCGUGGUGUAUUGAGGCGUUACAUUUCUCAGAAUAUUGUCGCAACUACUGUAACUCUGCGGCUAAAUAGAUUCACUUUGUUGUAGGUAUUUAAUUGAUAAAUUUUCGCAGUUGUUAAGAUGUAAAGUCGCGUUGCACUUUAUAAAUACUUGAGGAAUCAAUGAUUUAACCUUCGAGUACUACUGGAAGCAACUUCUACUAUUUGUCUGACGUUAAGUAUAUGUCACGAAUGUGUUUAUACGGGUAGCUUUAAACUAAUCACGCACUCUACUUGUAGCAUUUCAUGUCCAUGGAAUAGAAAUCCCAUAUCGAGCUUUUCUGGAACGGGUCGGUCGACGAAUUCUAUCGCUUGAAAGUGUUGAUUGCUUUAAAACAAUUCAUUACUUUAGUGGUCGAAAAAAAUAACAAUCUUAAUGAGUAAAACUUCGAGAUUUACUAGAAAACCAGGAGCGAGGAUCGAGGAUGGAGGAUCGGGGAGCGAGAAUCGGGGAUCGGGGAUCGAGGAUCGGUAAAAAAAAAAACUUGAAAAUAAAGUAAAUAAAUAAAUCGUGGAUCGUGGUGAUGUGGGCCGCAGACUGUAGAUAAAUUUCACAAUACAUAGCCCCGCUUGCUGUACUGAACACUAAAUUUCAAUAAACUACUCCGAGUCUGACUGAGUCAGUGAUUGUUUUGACAAGGAAGUGAAAUUUUCCUGGAAAAUGAAACGCUUUAUCUCAGUGAUACUGUGAUAAAAUGCACGUUGUGUACAGCUCUAAACAUUGUACUCUGAGAUCGCGUAAACAUCAACUGUACGAAGAUAAAAAUAAAAAAAUAAAAAAAAAUAAAAAAAAAAACUGUACGAAGAUAUUAAAAGCAGAUACUUAGCAGCCAUGGAAAAUGUAACUACUUUCACGCAAUUUUGAUAAAACCUUAUUAAACGGGCAACAAAUUCAACUGGAAUACGCGCGAACUUGAUGAACUGUCUGUUGUAUAAGGUUCUGCUAAAAUUACCCAUUUUUCUUAUGCUGAACAAAAAAUGUAUCGAACCGUAUCGUGUUCGCUGCAUAGAAGCUAUAUAUUUUUAUACUCGAAUAAAAGUCAUCCUUCAAUUUUUUGAGUGUAAAUCCCUGAAAGAGUUCUCCUCACCGGAGCAAUAUCAAUAUGCAGAAGGUUUCCAAAGGCUUUACACCGAUGUGAAGCUAAGAUGUGCGGCCUGUCUCUCCUUCCAAAUUUUCAGUUUUAAGUAUUUACCUUAUGACAUAUAACACUCGUUUUGUAUUCCAAACGAAAAAAGUAGCAUAACAGCACCAUCUGACAAAAAAAAUUUAUCUCCAAGCAAGCGAGACUCAACGCUACUAAGCGCGUUCUUGUUUAAGUUUGUUUGCUUCAGCUGUUGCAUCCGCGACGUACAUUUUGUGAAUGAAUCUUUUGGUGAGUUUUUCGAGGUUUAUUCUUCACUAUGCGUGCCGUGUACAAGAAACGAUCACUACUUAUGUUAUCCUGUUUUUCUUCCUCGGGUGUAAGUCGAUGCUUAUUUUAUUCUUUUUGGCUCGUAUUGGUGGUUUUCCCUGUCACACCAUCGAAGACUAAAAUCAAAACCGUGGGAUGUCUGAAAUAAUAAUUGUUUUAUUAUUCAUUCAAAAUAAUUCCUAGUUUAAAAACAUGGCUAAAACAUGCUAACCUCCAUCGAUCCAUGGAUGUUAAGUUCAUCUUCGAUAGUGCACGUUUAGGUUUGUCCAGCUCGGCAAAUAUUCUCCAAAUAGCAGAUGUCGCCCUUCGAGUUGUCUUCUUGCUGUUCCUAGCAUGUUUUUAGCUAUGUUUUCGCCUAGUUCUUGCUCUCGAAACGAGUGAUAUGUCCGCCAUUUUUCAAGUUCACAAUCAAAACAACUCAACCUCGUCCCCAGGUCUUCUCUGUUAACAGUGCCUUAACCUGCGAAAACGCUGCAUUUUUGACGUCAUUUCCUCGUUAAACACAAAAUUCUUCCAAAUUUGGUCAUCAGUAACUGGCUAUGGUGAAUUAAACGAGUGCUUUUAGCCAAUCAGAAUCGGGAAAAUAUUUUGAAUGAAUAAUAAUGUUACUUUAUUCUCUGCAUUGUUUCGCUAUAAUACGUUGUCAAACCUCCUCUCCUCAGGAGCAACUUUAUAAUUCGUUUAGCGCCUAAUUAUUGCCAAGUCUGGUCAAAAGUGGUUGCUAUGGUUACGUUUAAGUCACUGUGGCAUCAUAGGUGGUAGGAAGUCAUGCAAUUUGGAAAGGAAAAAUCGAUUCUUCCUCAGUUUUUGUUGUUGCUGCUUGACACACUCAAGACGAAGGUGAUGGAAACAUCAGGACUCAAGGGAUAUCUUCAAAAAUCGUUCCUUUAAGAUUAAGGCAACAUUUUUUUUUUAUUGUGUUCAUUCACGAAAGGAAAAAUUGGCAGUCGGUUUUUCCCGCCUUCUCCCACGCCGCGUUCCACUAUGUUCAACAUGUGCUGUUGUAUCUGGAGCUGAGUUGAAUUGCUGAAUUGUACCACAAACAAGAUGCUAUUAAAUUUAGUCAAGGCCACGUGACUAAGAAUUAACCAAUGGUAAUUUAAGUCUAAAGCUACUUAACAUCAAUUAUGUUGAGUAAUAAUUUUUUGUGGUUUACUUCAGGUACGCAUUUAUCAUGUCCGUUGUCCUCUAUUCCUUCCAAUUGUUUCUUGUCCACUAUGUUUUCCGCGACAGAGAUUUUCCCAGGAUCGUCAUCACUGUGGAUAACAGGUAUUUGCCAUCUUCACUACGUCUUCUCGUUUGGUUCUUGAACCUUGUAAAAACAGUUCAACCUACCGUACGUGACAACGCGGCAAAAGGGUCACAUUUAUCACUCUUUCUGCCUUCCAUCCUUUUCUUUUAUUGAUUUAUUUUAAUAAUUAUUUAUAUGUUUAUUUGACUGAUUGAUUGAUUGAUUGAUUUAUAUUGCAGACGCUUGUUCUCGAUUAUGUCAUACUUCUUGUUCUUUUUCAACAUUCUGGUCGGAUUGUUUUCUGGCUUUCUUCGCAUCACCUUGGGUAUAGUUCUAGGAGUUGUAUUCCUGGCUCGUAUAGACCGGUCGACCUUGAUGCAGGGAUUUCAAAGAUUGGACCGAGGCAUGUCGAAAUCUUUAAAGGGGGAAACUGUACACGGUUUUUCGUAACCAAGAUAAUUUUUAUUCUUCUUGCAUUUGAAAUAUGAAAACAACUAGAAAUAACUUACAACAUGCAGUCAGUUCACGGUGAGGGCGGUUAUCGCGGUAGAGACCAUACGAUACAUUAGAUAAUAUCGAUGUCAUACGUCCCUAUUUUUUUGCUCUCCCUCUCAUCCCUUCUUUAUCGCCUGAUUUCUCCCUCCUCUCUUAUAUUUUCGACACAUCAUCAUCCUCCUCCCUGGGCUGUUCACAGACCCUCAAUUUUUCCCCUUAAAGAUCGUCGAGUGCGCGUAUUUUCUAUCGACAGAUCGUCGAGCACGCGUAUGGAAAUAAAAACCGCGGGGGAUUUAUUCACCCCAAGGGCGCUCCGUGCUUGCUCUAGCGCGCCCGCACUGUCAGAUUGUCGAAAAAAACCGUCUAUGGCCAGGCUACUUCCUUCCUAAACCGUUUCUCUCCCUUCUCAAAAGAAUGUAACUUGUUAACAACGACAGUUGCAAUCCAAUCAUUCAACAAUGUCCUUAAAAGACCUUUACCUUUUAAUGUGUUCAUUCACUGGCACAUGCUUGCCAUGAGGUUCCAGUCUCCCUCCAUCUCACAUUCUUAUCCUUCUCUUCUACAGCAUUUGUUGCUUACCUUGGUUUUAUCAACCUGCUUGUUGCUCAGAGCCAUCCCGUGAUGCUUUUGUUUUGUCAGUUACUGAUAAACAGGGACAAAGUUCACCAGCCUAAUUCGGAAUCUCCAGCAGGUGCUCAGUCUGAGAACCGCGAU